AUGAUAGACAACGGGAUGUUCGCCAAAAUGGAGGAGCGCACUCCAACCGCUAUAAGCCAUCCCGACGUCUGCCACGCGCACUCGUCAUCCUCGCACUCAACGCUACACUCUGGCGGGGAACCCUUUCCCAGAGCACCACCUGUGGCCGUGAAGAAGACAGUGGCGAUCCUCACGGCCCCCAGAAGCUCGCAGCCGAACAAAACAACCCUGACAGACCUCGUGAUUGUGAUGUUCCGCACAAACACCGACAUGACAAGGCAACGAAUCCAUAUCUCACAACAAAACACUACAGAAGCAUGA